UAUAUAUUUGAUUGAUGAAGAACAGGAUUGCAAGUUUGCAACAAGUGACAAGGAAAUCAAGAACAGCUCAAGACCAUGGAGGCACCGAGAAAUCACAGUGCGCCAUGCCUGCUCCUUCUGCUGGCACUAGCUGCCCAAUGGUGCAGCGUCUCAACGGCGAGCUGCAGCUUCACCAUAUCCAACUACUGCACCCACACCAUCUGGCCGGGGACGAUGGCCGGCGCGGGCACGCCGCAGCUGCCCACGACGGGGUUCAGGCUAGACCCGGGGCAGACCGUGCGGAUCCCUGCGCCGGCCGGCUGGUCCGGCCGGAUAUGGGCGCGCACGGGUUGCAACUUCAGCACCGACGGCUCAGGCGCGGCUGCCGGUGCGGUCGCGUGCCAGACCGGCGACUGCGGUGGUGGACACAUGGAGUGCGGCGGCACGGGCGGGAAGCCGCCAGCGACGCUCUUCGAGAUCACACUGGGGAAGGGCGGCCCCGCCGACCAGGACUUCUAUGACGUGAGCCUUGUCGACGGGUACAACCUGCCCGUCGUCGCCGUCCCGCGCGCACGGCAGGGCAGCUGCAAUGCCACCGGCUGCGCCGCCGACCUCAACCUCUCAUGCCCCAAGGAGCUGCAGGUGGCUGGCGGCAAUGGUGGCGGCCCAGUGGCAUGCCAGAGCGCGUGCGAGGCGUUCACGCAGGACAAGUACUGCUGCAGCGGCGCCUACGCGACGCCGGACACGUGCAGCCCGACGGCCUACUCCUCCGUCUUCAAGUCGGCGUGCCCGCGGGCCUAUAGCUACGCCUACGACGACGGCAGCAGCCUCUUCACCUGCAACGCCGUCGACUACACCAUCGCCUUCUGCAUCCCUCCAGCAGGGUUGAAUAUGCCUGCUGAUGCUAACGGUGCUCCUCCUGCUGACAACAAUGGUGCCGGAAGCACUUACGUGCCGCCGGCGACAGGCAACAGCGGUGCUGGAAGAGCCUACAUGCCGCCCCCUACAGGUAACGAUGGUGCUGGAAGUGCCUACCAGCCACCUCCAACAGACAACAAUGGCGUUGGAAGUGCCUACCAGACACCUCCGACUGGCACCAAUGGCAUCGGAAGCACCUAUGAGACACCCUUGGCUAGCAGCAAUGGCGUCGGAAGUGCCUUCCAGCCGCCCCUGACGGGCUACAACAAUGGCGUGAGAAGCGGCUAUCAGCCGGUUAUGACCCCGUCGGCGGCGAGCACGCGACACGCUCAGCUAUGGUUUCUGCUGCCCGCAGCGCUCGUGUUCCUUAAAUGAUCAUUCGCCAUGAAACCCGAGCCGGCCUUUGAGCUUUCAAAGACCAGAUAACCGCAAAGAAAGCUGUGGGAACCAAGAAGAGGCCCAAUAGCAGGGAUCUUGUGCUGGGAGUUCCUGACAGAUUGAUAGUAGUUGCACUUGCAACUUGAAACCCUCGUGUAUUCAGUAACUAGAUACUGGUGGUGCAAAUAGGGGGAGAUGUAAAUAUUGGCUUCUUUCAUGUAGACCAACAAAGAUAAUUAUCCAGUACAAAUUAUACACUCA